GAAAGAGAAAAUGGAGGGAGAGGAAAAUAUAGAGUGAGAUAAAAAACAUAAGAAGAAGAAAAAGAUGGGGAGAGAGAAAUUUGAAGAGAGAAAGAAAUAAAAAGAUUGAAAGAUAAGAAAAUGGAAAAAAUUCUAAAAUUUAAAAUUUGAAGUUGGAGGACUUUUAAAUUUUUUUAAAGUUUUUAAAAAUUAUACUUUAUGCCUCAAUUAACUUAAUCACAAUUUAAAUAAAAUUUUGACUUAAACCGGUUAAAAUUAUCACUAUUUUUAAUUUAAAGAAUUUUUUAAAAUUAUCACUAUUUUUAAUUUAAAGAAUUUUUUAUCCACUCGCACCUAAUUCUAAUUUUAAGAGGGAGAAAUCAGUGAAGGGACGAGAAAGGGCUGAAAACCGGCGUGAACAGUAAGGAACGGGUGUGAAAAGUGAACACUGAACGGAGUAGAGGGAGAACAACUUUUUUCGGUGAAGUUGUCACCGGAAUAGUGGCUCCACCACAUAAUCCGGCCAUCCCUCCCCCAAAACUGCCGAAAAACGUCACCACCAUCUUAAAAUUUGAUCGAUUCUCCGUUUUUCAUCAUCGCCGGAGCUCGCUGGAGCGUCGGCGGAACGGAAACGGCAGCCCAGAUCCAAUCCGCUCCAUUAGCUAACCCGCUCCGAUCAGUCACUAAACCAAUUGUGGAGUUUGGAUUUGCUUGGAAUUGGGGGUUUUGGUUUUUGAGGUUCAACUCGAGGUCUCCGGCUGUGGGUUUCGUCUUUUCAUUCGAGUAAUAUUGGAUUUCGAAAGGUCCAAAUUGAGAAUUUGAAUUCGGGAAAAGGAUUGCUUUGCUAUUUUUCGGUGACCGCUUGUCUCUUUCUCUUCAACUUAGUCCAAGCAAAGGUAAUAUUAGUAGAAGAUGCAAUUCUUCGGAGGAUCAGAGAUCAGUCCAUCGCCGCCGCCGCCAACAGUAUCAGGGAAUAAUGCACAUAUGUUGUAUGUAUUCAAUAGGAAUGGAGUUUGUCUUCUUUAUAGGGAAUGGAAUCGGCCUCUUAAGACUUUAAACCCUCAACAAGAUCACAAGCUCAUGUUUGGUUUGCUCUUCUCCCUCAAAUCUUUAACUGCCAAGAUGGAUCCUACAAGUGCUGAAAAAGGUAAUCUUGGGGUGCCGCAGUUACCUGGACAGGGAUGUUCAUUUCACAGCUUUCGUACUAAUACAUAUAAACUCAGUUUCAUGGAAAGUCCGUCUGGAAUAAAGAUCAUCCUUGUCACACAUCCUAGGACUGGUGAUCUAAGGGAAUCUUUGAAAUAUAUUUAUAACUUGUAUGUUGAAUAUGUGGUGAAGAAUCCGCUCUAUUCCCCAGGGGCUCCUGUUAAGUGUGAGCUAUUUAAUUCUACGCUCGAUCAGUAUGUUAGAGGCCUUGGAUAAUUUCUCAAGGAUCAUUUGGAUUCAGAUAUCGAACACUGCAUUCAGCUUAGUUGUGCCGUUCAAUUAUGAUGUUUUAUCAUCUGUGAUAGAAGAUCGCUGUGGUAGAGCUCAAUACAUUCUUAAAACUUGCUUCACCAACUUUGGACAAGUGUUGCGCCAAUUGUGUUUGCCUAGUUACUGUAUGAUCUCAUUUUGGUAACUUCAGUAUAUUGUCUUUCAUGUCAGUUAAUGUGUUGAAACAAUAAUACUUGGAUUAGGUCUGCAUUACAUUCUUUUGAUGCUGCUUUCCUUUGAAGUUUUUACAUGCCAUGUAUACACUAGUACAAUGAAGAACGGUAGAAUAGUUCUUUUACAGAUUUAGGAUAGUUUUGCAAUGAAUGUGAAGUAUGCUUGCUUUUUA